CGUUCUAGGGGAUGCCGGUACUGGGAAGGACGGUCCUUGGUGUUCCGGGACAUCCGCCAUGGAGGUUCAGUCCUACUACACCAAGCUGCUGGGGGAGCUGAACGAGCAGCGCAAGCGGGAUUUCUUCUGCGACUGCAGCAUCAUCGUGGAGGGCAGGAUCUUCAAAGCUCACAAGAACAUCCUGUUCGCCAACAGCGGCUACUUCCGAGCGCUGCUCAUCCACUACAUCCAGGACAGCGGGCGCCACAGCACGGCCUCGCUCGACAUCGUCACCUCCGAGGCUUUCUCCGUCAUCCUGGAUUUCCUCUACUCGGGGAAGCUGGAUCUGUGCGGCGACAACGUCAUCGAGGUGAUGUCUGCAGCCAGCUACCUGCAGAUGACCGACGUGGUCAACUUCUGCAAGAGCUACAUCAGGUCCUCGCUGGACAUCUGCAGGAAGAUGGAGAGGGAGGCCGUGGUGUUCUACCAGGCUGACAGCGGCACCUCGGCCAGGGAGGGCCCCUCCGCGGGCUCCAAGGGCGCUGCCUCCGUGUCCUCCGUGCAGGAGAAGGUUCUGGAAUGCCAGCGGGACCCUCCCUGCGGGGACUGCAGUGGCUGUCACCCGCUGGAGGUGGCGGCCAGGGACCCUCAGAGCAGCGGCUCCCCCGAUGGCUGCAGGAGGGUGGAACCCAAGGUGGAGUUUGAGCCCGAGCCCGCGCCCGCGGCGGCGGCCGCGCUGGAGCCCGUGGAAGAGGGGCAGCCCCUGGAGCUGGCCUGCAAUAAUUUGCACAUGAAGCAGUUCCUGGAGGCUCUGCUGCGCACCAGCUCGGCCCCGAGGAAGGAGGACGUGGUGCAUCACUUGGUCCGGGGAUUUGAGGGUAGGGCUGAGGAUGCUGGAGUGCCCAUGAGCUCCAUGGUGGACAUUCACAGCGACUGGUAUGGUGAGGACACAGGUGACGUGCUGGUGGUGCCCAUCAAGCUGCACAAGUGCCCGUUCUGCCCCUACACGGCCAAGCAGAAGGGGAUCCUGAAGCGGCACAUCCGCUCGCACACCGGGGAGCGGCCGUACCCCUGCGAGACCUGCGGCAAGCGCUUCACCCGCCAGGAGCACCUGCGCAGCCACGCGCUCAGCGUGCAUCGCUCCAACAAGCCCAUCAUCUGCAAGGGCUGCAGGAGGACCUUCACCAACAGCCUGUCCCAGGGGCUGCGGCGCUUCGGGCUCUGUGACAGCUGCACCUGUGUCACCACCACCCACGAGGACUCCCUGCCCAUCAACCUCAGCCUGGUGGAAACGGCCUCAGAAGGGCAGGAAAAAGGAGAUGCUGACAAUGAUUGGCCCAUCUAUGUGGAGUCUGGAGAGGAAAAUGACCCAGCUGAGGAUGAGGAUGGCGAUGACAAGCAGGAAAUCCACAGGAGUUUGUCAGACAGAGAGACUUUGAUGUAG